GUUCCUGUCCAGAUAAAUGCCACUGUGGUUGGUGGAGGAAGCGAGCAGAAGAAACUCUUUUCUCAGUUACAAACUGGACCUUUGCCCCAGCGAGCAUCCACAGCGGCCAGAAUGACCGAGUCAUUGAAGAAGUUUACCAUCUCUUCUAUUCCUGAAAUAUGGUAUUUGGCAAGAGAUAUGUGUGAACCAAAAAUCCAGUCCUAUAUUCGAAGAGUCACACUAAAGCUUCUCAUAGAGUGUAUUAAAAAUGAUGAUUUGACGAGCACCAGCACCAAGCUAAUGUACUUCCGUGACAUAGUCGCUUUCUGCCAGCUUUCAGAGUUUAAAACGGAUCAGGAAUUCGACUUAUUUUUAAAUGCUUUGAGAAACUUGACACAAGAUGGUAGGGACAUCCAAGAGCUAUACAUUUAUGAAGGAUUCUCAUCACUUCCCCAAUUUUUGGUCACAGCGUUGGCAGCACUCGGAAGAUUGGCUAAGAACUAUACGGAAAAGAGCACCGAGAAGGAGCUAGAAGAGGAUGUUAAUUACCAAAAUAUAAUCAAGUUGCUUGCAUUUAUAAAGAAUUGUAUCAAGUUCAACCCAUAUGCAUUUGACGACAGCUUCACGAUAAAUAUACUGAAGAAAGCUAUACAUAUUGCUUCCCGAACCACUAAUAAUAAUAUUUUGGUCCAUUGCAUUGAGCUUCUUUCCACCACCGUGAUAUUCACCACAAUUCCUCAGGCUCAAUUGUUCGAGGUAAUAGCUUAUAUGUGCUCGGUAUUCGGGUCAAAUGAGAAGCUGACGCGAAUGGUGUGGGAUGCUAUCACCAUUCUCGCUUCCCAUAGCUCCUUCUAUUUGUUGAGAAACUGUCUUAUCGAAAUCCUCACCAACGAAGCUUUAUCGACUUUUAAGACCACUGAAUCGGAAAAUGCAUUAAGUGCCGUAAAAUCAAACACAACCAUUAGCACUAUUGAGCAUAAACCGUCAAACUCGGCCUUAAGCUCCUGUGUUGGGGCUAUCCAGAUAAUUGAAAGGCUUGCAGUUCUGCCUUCAGUCCUGAAGAGUAGUGAUUCCUUAUUGGUACAUUUCCUUCCAGCUUUGGUAGAGAUGUCGUCCUUAAACGUCCCAGCUUUAAACACAACCAUAUUAAGGUCUUUGGAUAGGCUCUUUUCAAAGAAUUCCUACAGCACAUUAAGCGAAGCAAAUGUCAAUGCUAUGGAGCACGUUUACCUGUUCCAAUUGUGGUAUUCAUCAAAAACCUCUAUCUAUGAGUUGCUCACCAACAUAAAAAUCUUGAGCGAAAUUGACGUCAGCUACUGGAAAUCCAUAUGUAUGUCUUUGCAACAUGCCCACGAAGCUCAUGAACUUUACACCCCAAAAGAAAGACUAGUCAACUUAUUUACUAGAAACCAUCAGUAUUUGCCUAAUGAAACCAUCAAAUAUGUCCUCAAGUAUUACUCUGAAGAGAAAUGGUUGACAGUGUUAAAUCCUUUUGCACAAGAGAAUACCUUCAAGCUUUUAAAUUACUUUUAUUUUACCAAUGGCUCUCAUCCUGGUAGUGACCUUGUAUCAGCUGAGGAUUCCUCAGAUAUAAAGGUGGAGGUCCUUAAGUGUAUUAAAGGUUCGUUUGAUAUUUCGUAUGCCAUUUCAAAGUCUGAAUUCAACUUUGAAAUAGUGGUGGAUAUUUUGAAAAGGUCUUUGAAUGAAAAGGACGAGAAGGUGCUUGACUACUUGAUCAAUGAGAUAUUUGUCAAAGCUGUCAUGAAAGCACCAUUCCAAACGUUGAGUCAAAUUGUCGAUGAAAUCGUCCCUUAUUUUGACGUGAGGUACAACGGAAGACUUAGAAGCUUGGUUUCAAUUGAAUCUUCAGCUUUGAAAACCCAUUCCUCCAACAGUAUGGAUACUGCCAUCCCAGGAAAAAUUUCAAAACCUUUCAAAUUGGCAAUAACAAAAGGAUUUAUAAAGCUUUUGAUCAUAGAAUCCACUGAAGAUGCAGAGAAGGCGCUGGAAACUUUCCGUACAUGUAUCUUAAUGGCUAAACAUGCUUUGUCGAUAGAAGACUCAGAAUUGUUGCUUGUGGUUCUUAAAGGUGAAAAGUUGCAAAUGGAUCUUGAAGUAUGGUUUUCCAUUGUGUUGGAUAUAAUGACCCAUUUCAUUGAAUGGGAGGUGUACAGUUUUGUGUGGGCUCACUUCUGCCCUCAGCUAUCGAACAUGAAGUUGUUCGCCAAUAGCCGAGAACAGAUUCUCAGUUUAAAAAAGGUGGUCUGUGAUCAGUUGUUACUUAAUUUGCCCAGUAAUAUUAAGUUUCCUGAAGGCUUUACCAAAUCCCAUUUACAGGUGGCUUAUGUUAGGGUAUUUUCGUCAUUAAUUGGAUACCACCGACUUUUCAGUAAGCACGACGAGGACGAUAUCAUAAGAGCUUUGGUAUUUGGAAUUGACUCGUGGGAGAAAACAGCCAUUCCAUCUAUUCAUAUUUUGACAGCUUGCUGUUAUGAGAUACCUUUGUCUAUCAAAAAAUACUUAUCGACUAUUCUUGCAAAGCUUCAAACAAAAGUGACUAGCGUUUUUGUCAGUUCCCAUAUCUUAGAAUUCUUGAUGUCUUUGAUCAAUAUUCCCAGUCUCACAGCGAGUUUGGAUAUCGAUGACGUGAAGCGAAUCUUUGGUAUAUCCUUCAAGUUUGUCCAAUACGCAACUGAUGCUAUCAAGAAUACAGGCAGCACAGAAGAUAAGGGACUAGUUCCUCAGCAUGGAUUAGAUGCAGAAAUUGACAACACUCCCUCGACACAAAGAUUUCAAGAGCACGCUUCUGUGCUUUUGCAGUAUGUGUUGACGUUAUCGUAUAACGUUAUAUCUACGUGGUUCCUUAAGUUGGAAAUCAGUGUGAGAGGAAAGCUAUCGUCCUUUAUCUUGAAAAACCUUGUUGCAAUCAACUCCAACAACAAGGAACUUGAUGAUCAAGUCAUUGCAUAUGUCGACUUGAUCACUCGGUUCACAUAUUCUAACCUUCCUUUGAAAAUGGUGAAUCCGAAGGCAGCACUUGACCAAUUAAAAAGUGAGGAAGGGACUGUUGCCAUUAAAAGUUGGAUAACCGGGUCAGUUAUUGUCACCAUAGGCACCAACUCAGAUACUGGGAAGUCAACCGUCGUGUUUCGGAGACCUACGGGUGCCACAAUCUUGCAAAUGGCUUUGGAUGAAAGAAUGCUUUCAAGCAAAUCAAAGCUUUCCAAAAGUCAGACCUUGAGCCCCAACUUCCUCCUUCUCCAAACAUUUAAUCAUAUUGAUGGAGAUCAUAAGUAUCGUCCUAUCCCCUUAAUGGACGAUGCGGUGACCACCCGUGCCAUUACCACACUUGACCGGAUUCCAAUUGUCGAGUUCCAUAAGAUUGGACUCGUAUACAUUGGCCGUGGCCAAAUCAAGGAGAAGGAAGUAUUGGCCAAUAGAGGAGGAUCUAAAAGCUACCAAAAAUUUGUUGAUGCCAUGGGUGAUUUGAUCAAGUUGAAAAACUGUAAGGAUAUUUACGUCGGAGGAUUGGACACUGAGAAUGGAACCGACGGAGAUUUUGCCAUUUCGUGGAGUGAUAAAACCGUGCAAGUCGUCUACCAUACAACCUCCCUCAUGCCUAAUCCUGAUGAAGACAUAUACUUUGAGCAUAAAAAGAGGCACAUCGGUAACAACUAUGUCAAUAUCUAUUUUGAUGAGAGUGGUCAUCCAUUCAACUUCAAUCUCAUCAAGUCCCAGUUCAACUUCAUCAACAUCGUCAUCUCCCCACAUACAAAAUCGUUCCACACCUACAACAAAGAGCCUAUUGAGGAGACCACGCGACUCUUCAAGAUCAAACUUCUUCGUAGAAGUGGUGUUCCUGGAGUAUUUGCAACCUGCCACUUCAAGAUCUUUUCCGAAGAUGUUCUCCCAGCUGUAGUCCGGAAUCUUGCUAUCACAGCCAACCAGUUUGCCAGUGUAUGGCAUGCAAACUAUCAUGGACAGUUUGUAUCGAAUUGGACUCACAGGGUAAAGCUGAUCAAGGUAUUGAAAGAAAGAACUAUUCAAAGCCACGAAGCUUUAAAGCAAGAGCAGUUGAACCAGGAAGAUAGCAAAUUGGGGGUGAACGACGCAACUCAAUCGUUCUUGGAACAGCUACAGUUCGGUACGGUCUCUAGCACCAUUGAAUCCCUGCAUCGGUACGAGUAUGUUAAAGACAGUGAUAAUGAGUUGUACUCAGUGGUGGAGUUCAACUCGUUUGCUUAGCGGGCAAAAGCAAGGCGUGCGCUCACCAAGUUAUAGGCUGCAAGAAAACUAUGGCUGAAUGUCUCACACCACAGUUCAUAGCAAAUCCUACUAAAUAACACUGAUUUAAAGACCACAGACACUUUAAAAUACACUAAUGUAGGUAGUUAGUGCUGAAAUAAAAUACCCAAAUUACUUAGGUAACUUUAUUUGUAUUUGAAGCCUAAAACAAUAUUCA